AUGACCCCGCCAGGGCGAUUAAGCGCACAACCUAUGUGGAAUGCACCAACACUGCCAUGUGGAUGUCAUGGUCCAGACGUGGCUAAUCUUCAAUGGAAGGGGAUCAUCGAAACACAAGGGCAAGGAGGGCAGGCCGCAGAGAUGCAACCGCCAACCUUCCAUCAGCAGGCAGCCGGAGUGCAGCCGCUGACACAAAAUCAACGAGAGGUCAAGCCUCUAAUGGAUGUUGAUAUCAUCGCAGAUUGCAUAAGGAGGGCAUUUUCAAAAAGAAGGUUUGAAAAGAAGCCUAGUGCCACUUUGAGUGCGGAAAAUUCGCCUUCACAUGAAAAGGAAUCUGUGGAGGCAGAGGUUCCAAAAGCGAUGGAAGCUCCAGAGUUUGCGAAGGGAGAGACUCUAGAAGCUGUGGAAGCUCAAUUCGAAAAAGAGUCUGUGGAAUCAGAGGUUUCGGAAGCCUUGGAAGCUCCAAAAUUCGCCGAGGCAGAGACUCCAGGGACUAUGGAGGCUCCUAAUGAAAAGGAGUCUGCGGGCGCAGAAGUUCCAGAAGCCAUGGAAGCUCCAGAGCUUAUGGAGGCAGAGACUCCAGAGGUUGUGGAGGCUCCCGUUGAAAAGGAGUCUGCGGAGGCAGAGGUUCCAGAAGCCAUGGAAGCUCCAAAAUUUGCAGAGGUAGAGACUCCAGGGACCAUGGAGGCUCCAAAUGAAAAGGAGAAUGUAAAGGCAGAGACUCCAUACAAAAAGGACGUUGUAGGGGAAGAGACUCAAAAGGCUAUGGAGGUUCCAUACGAAAGGGAGUCCGCAGAGGUAAAAGCCCUAGCGACUUCAGACGAAAAGGACUUUGCGAAGGCAGAAGCUUUGGCCAUGAAAUUAGCAAAUGAAAAGACUUAUUUGUGUCCGGAAUUGAAACCGACCAAAGGGUUUAUUCCUUUUGCUAAUACUAUGUCGGCUAAAAGGCUGAUGAAAGACAGGCUUAGCACUCAGCCGUCAAAACCUUCGACGGCCAAGAAAGAGCCUAAUGCCGAUAUCACCAUCCCAAGUCCGAAAGCCUCAAGAUUGGAGAAGAGGAAAGUAUACAAAGGACCCAAGCCGGAGGCCAUCGUAGCAGAAAUCACCAUCAUUCCCAAGGUGACAAAAAAGCCCCCUAUCAUAAAAGAGAACGAAAAAUGGAUUGUGAAUGAGCCGAAGCUUUCCACUAGGAGGGCAAUAAGUGGACUCACUAGGACCCAAAAGAGGCGAGCUCAAAGAAGAAAGUUGGAGGCUCGUAUGGAGGAGGGAAGGUCGCAUGAGCUGCCUCAAAAAAAGAAGCAAAUUGUAAGGCCACUUCCAGAAAGAAAGCAGGCCAUGGAGCCGCCAAGGAAGCAAGCAAUAGAACCGCCUCUAAAACAGAAGCAGACUAUGGAGCCACUAAGGAAGUAG